CAAUUAAACUAUUUCUUUGUGUUGGCAUCAAUAAUAGAAUCGAUCUGUUAUUCUUCUUUUGGAUAUUUCUUUUUCCUUUUAUCUCUUUACAAGUUUAUUUUGGGGAAAUCUUAUACAACGUUGUUUAUAUUUUUUGAAGACAGAUGGAAAUAUGAACAGGGUUGAUUCGGUGGGCAUGCAACCUUGUUGGUGGGAUUGUCAUCUCAAUCCUGAGAAUUCUGAGUGGCUGGCAGGAAAUUCCAAAGACAUGAACCAGAAUGUUAAUCAAAUAAUGAAAUUGGUGGAAGACAAUAUUGAAGAGCAUUAUCAGAUUAAAUAUGAGGUGAUUGACCAAGUUCAGGAACUCCGCCGUAUUUAUCAGUCUCUGGCUGAGCGCUACGAUCAUUUGAGCUGUGGAUUGAGAAAAAGUUUACCUUCUGAUUUCCUAACUCAAGACCCUGAUAUGGUUACAUCUGAUAAAAAAAUGGAUAUACCCAUGUCUGUUCAAAAAGCUUCAUCUUUCAGUUCCGAGUUGUCAUCGAAGGAAGGGACCGAAUCAUCUUCAUUCUCAUCAGAUUCUGACUCCGAAUCUUUCAGCUCAUCCGCCAACAUCUACUUGAGUUCAGCUAUGGAUUCUGUUAAUGGGGUAGAGCAUCACAAAGUUAUUGAGAAGAUACAAGUGGUGGAUGAAGAGAAUGCAGAUGGAAAGUUGAAAAUGGGAGGAAACAGAAGCUAUGAAGAACUGAAUGAAAGAUACGCCAAGUGUGGAGAAAAGCUAAGGAAUUCCAAGCUAAAACUCCAGCUUGCAGAAGAAGAGAUUGUGAGAUUGAAUGCAGAGCUCAAGAAGAGUGAGUCUGUUUCUGUCCUUGCUGAAAGCAUGGCUGUUCAACUCGAAUCAUUGCAGAUGGACAUGAAAAUGAGGGAAGCUCAUCUUGAGUUGGAGAAGGAGAAGGUAGUUGAGUUGCAAAACCAGAUAGUUGAGCUGGAAGUUCACGUUUCAGACUCCAACUCCGAAGCUUUGAGGUUGAUGGAGGAGUUUACUGGAAGUAAAGAAAAGAUCAAGACAUCAGAAGAAGAGAUUGCAUUGUUGAAGCAUGAGCUUGGGAAGAAGGUUUCUGAUGAUGCUCAUCAUAUGCCAGGCCACCUUGAGUCUGCCCAAGAAGAGAUAGCAGCCUUGAAAGCCCAACUAGACAUAGAGAGGAGGCAGGUUGUGAAUUUAAAGGAGCAGAUUUUGAGGUACAAGGAUGAUCUAUCUAAUCGUGAUCGUGAAGUUGAGGAACUAAAGAGUGCAUUAUGUGAUGCCAUGGAUAAUUUCUCUAUGCAGAAAGCAAGUUUCCAGUCUGAAAUUUUUGGCCGGUUAGAAAAAGAGGCCCAUUUAGAGGCUAGACUCAAGGAAUGGGAAUUACACGGAAGACUAUUGGAGGAAAAGUUAAGGCAAUGUGAAACAGAAAAAAUAGAAACCAAAGGUCAGAUAAGUCAGCUAAGGGCCGAAGUAGAUGAGAAAGCUGUACAUGUAGAAGCUCUGAAUAAGGACCUUGACAAAGUGAAAUUGAAAUAUGAUGGAGUUACUGCAAAGGUAAACACUCUCGUCGGCGAGGUUCGUUCCCGAGGUUCGCUGAUUCGGCAAAUGGAGGAGCAUUUACAGCAAUUAAGCAGGGAACAUCAGCAGCUAAUUUCAGGAUCAAAACAUGCAAAGAAUGUAGAGGACGAAUUAAAGUUGAAGAUAAAGGACCUUGAGAAGGAAGUGGAUAGGCAGAGAAUUAUGAUCUCAGAUGUGUCUGAGGAGAAAAGACAGGCAAUAAGACAACUUUCUUUCACUCUGGAGCACUACAUGAGUGGUUAUAAAGAGUUUCAGGCUUCUCUCAAGCUCAAAGGACAUGCAGUUAGGGGUUCAUGAGUUUGAUUAAUUUGUGUAUUAAUACAGUUUACCAGUC